AAGUGAUGCAGGUGUCGUGUGUUGACAUUUGUUUGUGAAAGACAAAAACAGUGGUCACGCUGAUGGGAUGGUUUAUAUUUUUGAAAAUCAACGAAUCGAGAGACUGAAGAGUGCGCUUAUUUUUCCUUUAAACACACCCGAGAGUGCUAAGCGAUCUCAGUUUAACACCGGACAGCGAGACAACAGAUCCAAGAUCAGCAGACGGACCGACCGAGUAGGGAACAAAACAAACCCUGUCACCCUGACUACACUAGAGGCUGAAUCAUUCACAGGCUAGCCGGCUUCUAGACACUGCUUUACUUGUAAUCUUUGUAUAUAUGCGACUGACAUCCUCUAGUCAGGUAACUGAACAUCUGUGCGUUAAGUCACUCUUGUAUUUAACGUGUAACAAUGGUAAUUUAGGGUUGCAUGAAUGAUGUCCGCUAGACUAGCUAGCUAGUUAGCAACCCAGAGUUAGCUUUAUAUAAAUUUCAACCUCUUUUAAGGGUCAAAUAGCUACAGGAUGUAGCCUAGGCAGUCAGUUACAUUACAUAUGUUCAGUGUUUACUAAGUAGCUCGUCAAUUUGGGGUGACAGAAGAAUAUGAAGCACAAUGGCUAACUUUGAAGCUUAUCAAGAGUAUCAGAGGAUUGAGGACUUCGAGGAAGACUCUCCACCAGGAGAGGAAGAUUUGCUGCUGCAUGUGCCUGAAGGACUUAAAGACUCGUGGCACCAUGUCAAGAACCUGGAUAAUUUCUUUACAAGAAUUUACCAUUUUCACCAAAAGAACGGAUUUUCCUGUAUGAUGUUGUCAGAGUUCUUUGAACUUGUUCAGUUCUUGUUUGUUGUCACGUUCACUACAUUCCUUGUCAACUGUGUGGAGUACGAUGUCCUGUUUGCCAAUCGAGCUGUUAACCACACUGGGCCGAGCCAGAACCCUUUGGAUAGAAACAAAGUCACUCUGCCAGAUGCCAUCUUACCAAGCCAGCAGUGCACUCAGAGGAUACAAGACAGCAGCUGGAUCAUCUUCCUCCUCAUCAUGGCUGCCAUCUUCUGGAUCUAUCGUCUCAUAAAAGUCUUUUGCAAUCUUUUGAGCUACUGGGAGAUCAGGCAGUUCUACAUCAAAGCACUGAAGAUCAGAAAGGAUGAACUAUGCAAUUUCACAUGGCAGGAGGUCCAGGAUCGACUCAUCAGCCUGCAGAGAGAACAGCAAAUGUGCAUUCACAAGAAGGAGCUGACAGAACUCGAUAUCUAUCAUCGCAUUCUGCGCUUUAAGAACUACAUGGUGGCCAUGAUAAACAAGUCUCUGCUGCCGGUGCAGCUGCAGCUCCCCCUGCUGGGCAACGUAAUCUUCUUAACUCAGGGCUUAAAGUACAACUUUGAGCUCAUCCUGUUCUGGGGUCCCGGUUCUCUGUUUCAGAACAAGUGGAACCUGCACCCUAAGUACAAGCGGAGCGGAAACCGCCUGGAGCUCGCUCAGCAGCUCAGCAGAGUCAUCCUGCUCAUCGGUUUGGCCAACUUGCUGCUGUGUCCCUUCAUUCUGGUGUGGCAGGUGCUUUACGCUUUCUUCAGCUAUACAGAAGUGAUCCGGAGGGAACCCGGAAGUCUGGGCGCACGCCGCUGGUCCCUGUACGGACGCUUGUACUUGCGUCACUUCAACGAGCUGGACCACGAGUUGCACGGGCGAUUGGGCCGCGGCUACAAACCGACUUCCAAAUACAUGAACUCGUUCACGUCGCCGCUGCUGACCGUGUUCGCUAAGAACAUCGCCUUCUUCUCAGGAUCGGUGUUGGCGGUUCUCAUUGCACUGACCAUUUAUGACGAGGACGUCCUUACGGUGCAGCACAUUCUGACCGCCAUCACUGUUCUGGGGGUGGUGAUUACUAUUGCCAGGUCUUUCAUCCCAGAUGAGCACAUGGUGUGGUGCCCGGAGCAGCUUCUGCAGUGCGUGCUGGCACACAUUCACUACAUGCCGGACCACUGGAGGGGCCACGCUAACAAGAGCGAGACCCGCGACGAGGUGGCACAGCUGUUCCAGUACAAAGCGGUCUUCAUCCUGGAGGAGCUGCUCAGUCCCAUAGUCACACCCUUCAUUCUCAUCUUCCACCUAAGAAACAAGUCUCUAGAAAUCAUUGACUUCUUCAGGAAUUUUACCGUGGAGGUGGUUGGAGUUGGGGACAUCUGCUCGUUCGCGCAGAUGGACAUUAGGCGCCAUGGAAACCCAACGUGGAUGUCAGAAGGCCAGACGGAGGCGUCGAUAUACCAACAGGCUGAGAACGGCAAGACGGAAUUGUCCCUCAUGCAUUUCACCAUACAGAACCCUCGCUGGCAGCCGCCUCAGGAGAGCUCCUUGUUCAUCAGCCACUUGAAGGGAAAGGUGCAGCAUGAUGCACAGGGCGGGCCCUCCACACAGCUGCUGCUUUCAGAGGCUCCUCUCUGUACCUCACUGCAGUCCAACGAGUCUGCCACCGGGCCUGAAAAUUUAUUAGCCAGUGUCCUGGCCCACCCCAUCCUCACUGCGUCUGGACUACAGGGGCGAGACCGCCGCUUCAUUCCACCCAGCACAGCUGCUUCUGCUGCAGCCAGUGUCCUGGCCUCCUUGUCCUCCUCCCAGCUUCCACACACCAGUCGUAGCCACGCACACGGGCUCCUGCCUUCCUCUGUCCACUCGGAGGCCACCAUGUACCACAGCGAUCACACGAUUCCCAACAGUGACUCUCACAUCAGGAGCAAUGCCCUGAACUCAGAGUUCGCCUCAGCAGAGAUGAGUCUCCAUGCCAUCUACAUGCACGAGCUCCAUCAGCAGAGCUCCCACCCACCCAGGACGUCGGGACAGUGGCAGAAUUCAAUGCCGAUGCGGGACCCGCACACAAGCAUGGGUUUACAGGCUCAUAGUGGCCAUGGUUCUAGCACUUCCUUGCCCACCCCAGUCCAGCUCGGUGGCUGGAAAGAGGAAGAAGAGGAGGAUGAAGCUGAUCAGGAGAUCAACAGUGGAUCUACUCCAAAACCAGGCACAGGGAGUAGUUGUUAAAGUGCCUUUGUCAUAAGCGUUUACGUGUUUCUUUCUUUACUGAACAUUGUGGCCUUAGAUAAUCUUCAUGGAGAGCAUAGAGUGGACCUGUAAAACAUCCCUCAGCGUUUGUUUUUAAGGUGAAUAACCACCAUCUCAGCACCUCCACGCCUCAUCCUGACACAUCAGGCAGCCGACGUCAUCAGGGAAAACCACGUCUUCCGUCUGUUUUUGUGUCAUUUUAUCACCAACGUGUACAAAAAUGCAUCCGUAGCUCGUUUGAUGGAUACAUUGUGAGGGAGGUGGGCACAUUUAAAAGGCUCAUCACAACUUUUGCAGUGUGUGUGUGUGUGUGUGUGUGUGUGUGUGUGUGUGUGUGUGUGUGUGUGUGUGUGUGUGUGUGUGUGUGUGUGUGUGUCAGUCAGUCAGUCAUAAGCUUUUCCAACAAGUCCGAUUAUUUCAUUUGUUUUCUCAGAUCAGUGGUAUCAUGAUGUCUGCUGAAUCACAACACCUACAUGUUGUUUGUAAGCUGCCUGAACAGAUUAGAUUAUCAGAAAAAAACACGUGUUUGACCCGUGCGACGUGUAAAUACACUUUUGUAUCUUACUUGUUUCUAAAAAGGUCAGUCUUUUUUUUUUUACUACCGGAUUUAAUCUUUGAAAAAGAAACCAAGUAUUCAAGUGAAAAAGAUGAUACGAUAACCAUACUACUACUACUACUACUACUAUUACUACUACGACGUCACCACAUGCUCUCAUGCUGCUAUUUGUAAUUAGCCAUAAAUACAGAUUUUGCUCAGUGUUACUAUUUCAGGUGCAUAUUUGCAGUUUGCUACACAGAGAUGUGAAAUGAUCUCCAAAUGCACACACCUUUAAAAUCCUAAAAGACAGCCGUUAAGUCUGUAAAAACAAGUAUUUAAACUCCAGCUCUCUGUUUUACCUCAAUGGUGAUGAUAAAAAAAACUAAUCAAGUCAUUACCUCUGCAGUGCAAAUGUGUAUAUAAAUCUUUUAGCUGCAUUUGGAUUUUAGUGGCAGUGUAAAUGGAAACCAUUGCAUUUUCAUAUCCUACUCAGCAGUGAAGCUCAGCUGUGAAAUAUAUUUUAACAAAUGGCUUCUAUAAGUACUUUAUGAUGCUUUCCUCCUAUUUGUUUAAAUGUAGCUUGUCCCCAAAAAAAUAAAUCACAAGCUUGUUUGACUGUGCUGUUUCUUCUGCACCUUUUAGGCACUCCUUUUUACCUUUCUAAACUGUUAUUUUUCUUUCAAAGUAAAAGCAUGAGAAAAGAGAUAAAUUCCCCAUUUAUUAGCUUUAAAAAGUAUUUAUUACUUGUCCCACCCCAGAUAUUUAACAGAUAAAAGUAGUUUAUGUAUUUAUUUUUGAAAGUUGGUUUGAUUUGAACAAAUUAUUUGAUAAUAUCCCUGCCUCGCAGUAGAUAAGGUUUUAUCUUUAUGCUUUGAAGGAAAAAGUAACAAUAACCUGCUCAGAUGGUGUUAAUUUUAUUCCCCAAAAUCAGCAUUUUUAUGCAAAUAUUUGUAAAUAAUCUUCCAUCAUAUCAACAGAACACAAAAAUAUAAAAACGCAGGUCACUUACGAGUGUGAGGAUGUGUGUCUGUGUCACACACACACACCUGUGUGAUUACACCACUUUUGUAUUCAAGCAUGCUUAUUCACUUUUCAUGUCCCUCUUUAAAAGAUAUUAUUGUUGGCCAUUUGAUCAGCUGCAGUGCCUUGGGAUCAAGGAUUAUCAAUAGCUCUUUUAGAAGUGAUCUCUAUAUGAAACCAUUAAAUCUACCUUUAGAGAUUUGGCUGCACAUACAGUAGGCAGUGGUUCGGGUGUUUAAGUCACUUGUGAGACGUUUUGUUUCAGGCAGCAAUCUGCUUCUGUUCUGGGAUUGCUCUUUUCUAAAUAACCCGAAGAAGCGAGGGCUUCAUUUCAUCACAAACUAUCAUACUACUGGUUUUUAUCCACUACACCCCAGUCUAAAAGUCACAACUGAACAAGGUGCUACGUUUUCAUCCGGAUUGGAUGAAUAUUGUUAUGUUUUUAAAAUAUGUAGUUUAUUUCUCUCGGUGUGGUUUUGAUUUGUAAAUUAGGAGUUAGCUGACAGAGAAAACAUGCCAAAAGAACUUGUUUUCAGCUCAUUUUCUUAUGUUUAUUUUUCUGUGUGUGAAUAGAGACUAAUACAUCUUAUUUUGAGUGUUAAUCAUUUGACUUGUGACUGAUGAUAAAAUGUUCAUUUGAAAAUAAAAUAAAAUACUUCUCAUUUUC